UGAGACUAGACAAUACUAACUUGACAAAAUCACAAUAAGAAAUUCCAGACAAAAAUCUUGGAGUAGGGGGUGGUCUUCUUUCCCCAAAUUCGGAAGCUAAAUCAUCGCACAGAAUAUCGGUCCUUCCUUGUCUGUUUCUUCAAUUUCCGAUUCAAUUCUAGGUUGCUUGUGAGCUCUCACGGCUUCAGAAUUCAAUGGGGCGCUCUCGCCCAAAUUUUCACGCUGACGAAGAUCCUAGCCAGAGAUCAAGGAGAAAAAAGAAUGCUUCAAGUGGAGAAAAUUUGGAAUCCACAGCAGCAGGCCAAGGAACAGGUGACGGUAAAAGGGCUUUGUAUCACUGCAACUACUGCAACAAAGACAUUACUGGGAAAAUUCGUAUCAAGUGUUUUAUGUGUCCUGAUUUCGACCUAUGCAUAGAGUGCUUUUCUGUUGGUGCUGAGGUGACACCUCAUAAAAGCAAUCACCCUUACAGGGUUAUGGACAAUUUAUCUUUCCCACUAAUCUGUCCAGACUGGAAUGCUGAUGAAGAAAUUUUGCUUCUAGAGGGGAUUGAAAUGUAUGGCAUGGGAAAUUGGGCAGAGAUUGCUGAACAUGUUGGGACAAAGAGUAGAGAACAAUGUAUUCAACAUUAUAACACUGCCUACAUGAACUCACCAUAUUUCCCUCUGCCGGACAUGACUCAUGUUGUUGGCAAAAAUAGAAAGGAACUUCUUGCUAUGGCUAAAGGGCUUGGUGAAGACAAGAAAGGACUUUCUUCUCUUGGGGAGCUUACUUUGAAGGAAGAAUCUCCAUUUUCCCCCUCAAGAAUCAAGGUGGAAGAUUCACAUAAAAAUGGUUCUUCAGGUCGGUUGCUAUCUAGCCUGAAUGCUGGAACAACUGCCAUUAAGAAGGCAUCCACCAUAGCCCAGGUCAAGAAUAGCCCCAACCCUAUAAAAGUGGAAGAUCAUGAUAACAGGAGUUUUGGGGGCAAAAAACCUAAACCUUCAAAAGAUGAGGGCCCUUCUUUGAUCGAGUUAAGUGGCUAUAACUCCAAAAGGCAAGAAUUUGAUCCGGAAUAUGAUAAUGAAGCUGAACAAUUACUCGCUGAAAUGGAUUUCAAGGAGGCUGACACUGAAGAGGAGCGUGAGCUGAAGUUGAGGGUUCUGCGUAUCUAUUCAAAGAGGCUUGAUGAGAGACAGCGUAGGAAGGAAUUCAUCUUAGAAAGAAACUUGCUCCAUCCAAAUCCUUUUGAGAAGGACUUAUCUCCUGAAGAGAAGGAACUAUGUCGCCGUUAUGAUGUCUUCAUGCGUUUUCAUUCCAAAGAAGAGCAUGAUGACUUGCUUAAGACUGUUGUCCAGGAACAUCGAAUUAUGAAAAGGAUUCAAGAACUUAAAGAAGCCCGAACUGCUGGUUGUCGUUCAUCAGAUGAAGCUAAGAGAUAUUUUGAACAGAAAAGGAAAAGGGAUGCUGAAGAAAGUGCCCGUAGCGCAAAAGAUAGUACUCGGGCUGGUCCAAGCAGUCAAGCUGGCAUAAGUGUGCCCACAUCCACUGAGUCAGUUGGCAAGGAUUCAAAUUCAAGAAGUACAGGACAGGCUAAUUCAACUUCCCUUAGUGAGUUAGAUAUUAUGGCUUUCCCUGGGGCAGACUUGCUAUCUGAAUCUGAGAAACGACUAUGCUGCGAACUGAGGUUACCACCACCGGAUUAUCAUAAGAUGCAAGAGAUCAUGACUAUCCAAAUCAUCAGUGGUAGUAUUACUAAGAAGUCUGAUGCCUAUCCCUUUUUCAACAAAAUUGAACCAAGCAAAGUCGAUAGAAUCUAUGAUAUGCUUGUGAAAAAGGGGUUUGCUCAAUCAUGAUGACCACCUCCAUCUCCGACCAUUUUCAUUUUGUGUUGAUUUUGACUACAGAUUGACCUUUUAUUGCAUGAGAUGCAUUUUGUUGCAGAAAAUCAAUGAAGAGUAUCAAAAUAUGUAGGAAGGAGUAGUGAAUGUUAUCUUGCCUGUAGUGAAGAAUGAAAGUCCGAUGAAGCCACAUGCAGGGUAUCCCCAGAAUUGUGUAUCAAGGUAAAAACCAUUAUGAGAUACUGAAUGAACCAUAAAGAGGGAUGAAGGUUUGCCUGAAUGUAUGCCCUUUUGUUCCCAUGUCUUGUAAACAAACUCAGGCCUUGUGUUUUGAAUAAAUAAAGAAAACCAUUGCUCGAUUUAGUUCUUCGAAGCAAUGUUUGCAAAA